GUCUCUUCCUCCUAAUUCCCCGUCUCCUCCUAAUUGCCAUCCCGAGGAGAGACGACGGUGAGGACGACAAGUACGACGAGCACGACAAGCAUUAUGCCCUCUUCCACUAUGCCGUCGCCUAUGGCCAUCAACCCAGCGUCGCCUACUCCGUCCAUGUUCAGGAAAAAGCCCUCGUCUGCCAUGUCAACCGCAGCCUCGUACCUCUCUGCUGUAUCCAAAGCAGAUGCUCGAGCUCGGGGUCUCAACGGAGGCAGCACAACUUCCACGCCUGCUUUGUCGUUGUCGUCCUCUGUCACUUCAUCAUCGGAGGAUACCGUGCUUCACGAAGACAUCGGGGAUAGCGCUGACGGCUUGUACUACCCCAGUGUUCCUCCGACUUCCGAGCAGGUCUUUACUACGGUGCACACCGAGUUUGGACACUGUGCAAAUGAGAGUUAUAGAUAUACGUCCAGGCAUACUCCAGGGGAGCCCGUGAAGGGUGUUGUCGAACAAGACCCGCCAUACUACAUUCUCAUUACGACUUAUGUCAGUUAUUUAUUGGUCAUCUGCAUUGGCCAUCUCAGGGACUUCAUUGGCAAGCGGUUCAAACCAUCCGCUUUCCGUCAUUUGAUGACGCAAGAUGGUUAUGCUGCUUUGAAUUCAGAUUUCGAUUCUUUCUAUACCCGUCGUUUGAAAUCUCGUAUCGACGAUUGUUUCUCGCAUCCAGUUACCGGAGUUCCAGGUCGCACCAUCCUUCUCCUCGACCGGUACUCGACCGAUCAUAAUGUCACUUUCCAGCCGACCGGCACGCGCACCCGUGGCCUAAAUAUCUCCUCGUACAAUUACCUGGGUUUUGCCCAGGGUGAUGGACCUUGCGCAGACGCGGUCGAAGAGUCUGUCGCGCGGUACGGCGUGUCAGCAUGUAGCACACGUCGUGAAGUCGGUACACUUGACUUGCACCUUCAAGCGGAGGCGCUCGUAGCGCGUUUCAUGGGCAUGGAAUCUGCUUUGAUUAGCUCCAUGGGCUUCGCGACCAACUCGACGAUCAUCCCGGCCCUAGUCAGCAAGGGUUGCUUGGUCAUUUCUGACGAGUUUAACCACGCGUCGAUUCGAUACGGUGCGCUUGAAUCUUUGUUGCGCGAGGUCAUCAGUCAAGGUCAACCAAAGACCCACAGGCCGUGGAAGAAGAUCCUGAUCAUCGUCGAGGGCUUGUACAGUAUGGAGGGGACCUUGGUCAACUUGCCCGCCCUCUUGGAGCUCAAGAAGAAAUACAAGUUCUACCUCUUUGUUGACGAGGCACAUUCCGUCGGUGCCAUGGGUCCUCAUGGUCGCGGCGUUGCAGACUACUUCGACGUUAAUCCUCGGUCUAUCGAUAUCCUCAUGGGCACGUUCACCAAAUCCUUUGGUGCUGCGGGGGGUUACAUUGCUGGUAACAAGGCCCUGAUCGAACGAUUGCGCAUCUCCAGUCAUUACAGUGCAUACACCGAGGCCAUGGCCCCUCCCGUGCUCACGCAGGUUAUGGCAAGUAUGGCCAGCAUCAUGGGUGUCACAAUUAUUCCCGAAACGAAAAAUUCCUCCUCGCUUUCGCUCUUGCACUCUUCCAAUGCUAUUCCCGUGCCUGUGACCAAUCUCGAAGCCACUGCUUACCCUGGUACCGCUCCUUCCACCGCCUUGCCGAACUGGGUUUCACUUCCACCUUCGUUGUGCGAUGGUUCAGAUGGUCGCAUGCGUCUCCGCCGUCUCGCCUUCAACUCACGAUACCUCAACCGUGCCCUCCGUAAGUUGGGUUUUAUCACCUACGGCCACGACGACUCCCCCGUUGUCCCUCUCCUCGUCUUCCACCCUGGAAAAAUGGCCGUCUUCUCUCGUAUGAUGCGUACCCGCGCUAUACCCAUCGUCAUUGUCGUUGUGGCUUAUCCUGCAACCCCGCUCGUGACAUCGCGAGUACGAUUCUGUCUAAGUGCCAGUCACACUAAGGAGGAUAUUGACCUAGUGUUGAAGGCAUGCGAUGAGAUCGGCGAGUUGUUGGACUUGAAGCAGGCCGUCGGGGAGAGGUGGCCUUUGGAGGAGAUCACAAAGAGGGCGGUUGAGUUGGUCAGCAUGAAGGAGUGCCCAUGAUUUGGUCUUUGCUGGACCCUACGCUAUCUUCCUGCUCUCGUCCCGGGACCCAAAUUCACAUUAACAUUGCUAUGAUUGAUUGUCUAUACAUAUACCUCUGACCCUUAGACUGUCUUGACCCAUGUCGUCAUAGAGCAAUCUUACGACCCCCCUUUGUGCUGCUUACAACUUUCGUAAUGUCUGUAUACUACAGAGUGUUUUUUAUUCCUGUGAUAUACAAUAAUGUGAUGCUACGAGUUCAUAAAUACCCGAAGACCCUCCUAGCUACUACGCUUAUGUGUGCACCUCUGCUUGCUUUGACAGCAAACCGAGGAUUGGGUCCAACUUCGAAAAGCAAUCAUGCACGCCGGAAGUCAGUCUGGAGAUCUCCCCUUCAAUAUGUGCUACUCGAUCGUCUAUAAUAGUGACCUGUUUGUUUGAGCUUAGCC